AUAAGGAACAGAGGGAUUUCACCGGUAUCACCUGGCGUGCACCAACCGGCAGCACUCAUGGUGAUUCUCAAUGCGCUCUUUCCCCGGAUCUCAGAAGAUCACCCAAACCCCAACCACAAGCUUUUGCCAACAUGUGUGAAGCUGAGUAAGGAGAAACGCAUCGUGAUUGUUGGUGGUGGACCUGCCGGAGUUCAUAUGUCCGCGUGUUUGGCUGCGAAGGGCUACAAAAACGUGACCCUUUUGGAGGCCGAAGCGGAGGUCGGCGGCAAGUCCCUGACGAUGUAUGACCCAAGUCAGCCUGAUGUGCCACAUGAAUUGGGGACUUGCUACAUGUCUCCGGGCUACACACUGAUUCGGAAUCUCCUGGAUGAGUAUGACAAGGACAACCUCGAGAGCACUUUCGCCAACGAAAAGAAGGGCCGCAUGGUGUUUGGCCUCCGACUUUCCGAUGAAGAGAAGCAGAAGUACACCAAAGGCAUGGAGUAUUUCGAUUGGGUCCUGGAAGAGACCGAGGAGAGAACCACCUCGAGUUGCUGCAGAUGCCUGCCCAACAGUGCUCAAAGUGUUCCCAUUUUCGCUGCCAUGCUGAAGUACAACAAGAUUCAUGAGAGUAUCUUCGGAAAAUAUCCAUAUGGCCUACCUCCCAAGCCAAAAGAUUGGAGUAAGAUCGACAUGACAGCUAUGGACUUCUUGAAGAAAAAUGGUUUGGAGAUCCUUGAGCCGGUCUUUUUGUACAGCCAACAGGUGCAAGGCUAUGGAAUCCUGGAUCGCAUUCCUGCAUUCUAUUUGCUUUGGUGGCAUCAUCCUGAUACCAUCAAUGGAAGUAUCCGUGCAUCCCUUGGGUCGGAUGACAUCAUCGUGUCCUUGUUGAAGAACGGCUGGCAGUCCUUGUGGAAGAAGAUGGUCCAGCGACACAGUGGGGAGGUGAAAUACGUCACAGGUGCAUCAGUGACAUCCAUCAAGCGCACACCCACCGUGCAAGUGAAGUACACCCAUGAGGGGGUGGAGAAACAGCUUGAGGCAGAUGUCUUCAUCAGUGCCGUUGAUUUAUGUCGCUUCCGUCACCUCAUUGUGGAUUUGGAUCCCGAAGAGGAAACGGUUUUCUCGAGGUUGACGGAAUCAGUGCUGACCACGACCCUGUACAAGGGGAAGACCACGGAGCACGAACACACCGUGGAGUUCUGGUUCGGAAAGAUGGGUCAGUUGAGUUCCUCUGGUGUGGGUCAGUUCUAUGGACACCGCAACAGCCGCAUGGCCGCCCGGCCGGAAAUCCCCAGCAGUGGAAGUGAGCUGAGAGUGGCGUAUCAAUACAUGGACCGACCUUUGGAAUCUGGAGAUGCCUCCAAACUCCUUCACACCUUGCAAGAGGGCUUGAAAACCUAUGCCGGAGAACCAGAGGUUGAUGUGAAGCUUCAGAAACCGUGGCCAUACUUCCCUCGUUUUGACGCCAAGGGCUUAUCCGAAGGAUUGCCCUGGAAGAUUUUGCAGUUGCAAGGUCAGAGGAAUACCAUCUUCAUUGGCUCCUCAGUCUGCUUUGAGAGUGCCCUGGACUGUGUGGCAUACAACCUGAUGCUGUGCAAGAAGAUUUGUGCCUAGGGCAUCCGACAUCCUGGCCAUCCUGAUGGAUCGGUGCUUCACCCUGGCCAUCCCUUUUGAAGACGCUGGAGGCUCCGCGAAUGGCAGAAACCUGUCAUCCGGGGAUGCUGUAAAGUAGAGUAAGGCAGAGACUUUGCAAACUAGAUCAAACUACGGAACUGACGAACCUUGAUUUUUCGGACAUUUUGCCUAUGAGACUGUUUUGCCACGUUUUGCCAAAA